AUGUUGAUUUUUGGAUUUUUGUUCGUUUUGUUAUGUUUGAAAGCCGACGCCGAUAACGUCUGCCCACCAGAUGCCAUCAUUUCAGGCGAUGGUCUGACGUGAGUUUCAUUUUUUCGAAAACUUUAAGCUUGAAAAUUGCAGGUGCUAUACACCGGUGAACAUUCAGAAAAGAUUGGCAGACUUCUCAGACGAUUUGCAGUUUGGUGGGAAGUUUGGCCCUUCCAAGAACGCCAUCGACAAUGCCGUCAUUACCGGCGUGGCUUCAGGUGAUUUUCCUUACUUCAUGAAUUUUCAGUAGUUAGGGUUUUCGAGUCAGUUCCACUCAACGAAAUUCUAAAACUAUCACUUCAGCCUCACUUUAUAGUGCGUUCCCGCGCAGAGACGGUCACGUUUUGAGUUUCUCGUACUUUUGCUAAAGUCAGCAAAAAUACAGAGGUCUUGAAGCGUAAAUGCUCAAUUUUGAUAUAAUUUGGUAUGCAGUAUUUUGGCGGAAAGGAAAACGUGACAGUACUUGCGCGGAAUGGGCUAUAACAAAGACCAUGCGGGUUCUAAAAAUCAGCAAUUCUCGACCAAAUCAUAUUUUUCGAGAAUUUUUGUUGAAAAUCAAUCACCAUUUCGACUGAAAAUCAACCGUCUUCCUGACAUCGCCUCUGAUUCGAGUGACAAAAGACCAGAAAAUUUCGGCUGAUGAGUCGACGGUUUGCAAUUUGAGAGAGAAUUUCAAGGAACGAGAACUGCAGUGAGGAGUCAGGUUCUGUGACACUUUUCCCAGCUACAGUAGAUGAGGUUGACGAGUUCAAGAGUUAAAAAUAAAAAGAAAAAUUCACAUUUGAAAAAUAAUAAAAAUCAAUGCUCUGACGCAAGCUUUAAAAACAGAAGGACUCAAAAAUAUCACAAAAAGACCUAAUUAAAAGCAAAAAGAUUUGAAAUCUUGCGAGGAUUUUCUUGAGGUUUUCAGAAACUUUUCUACAAAGUGUCUGGAUUGGUGGAAAAUAAUAUUGAAAAAGGCAGGAAAAACGGUCAUCUAAUCUUUGAUACAAGCACAACAAAAUUACUAUUUUGAAAAAUCAAACUGAAUGACUGGCUCAGGAGCCCGAUAUCGUCGAGAUCCAUUUCGAUAAUAUAUUUUACGAAAAACUUAUUUAAAUUUGAAAUAAUUGAUACCUUGCCAUGGAUUCUGGCCCUCAUGAAAAUUGAUUGGAAAAAAUAUAUCUAUUAAUCACUUCAAUCUAGCGAGUUUUUUCGAAAUGAACUCAAUAAACGGAACUGUUGAAAGAAAAACCAAAUCUGAGCUAACUCGAUUGAAGAAUUCAAACCAAAACCCUGUUUUCGUGAGAAACCACGUGAUUUUUAUCAAUUCAUGAUGCUGCGCUGAUGCGAGUUUUAGAGCACUGAUUCGAGAUUUUCAGCUGCCAGUGCUUGUGCGUCCGGCUGGACCUACUGCCCUACACUUGCGCCUGUUACAAGGUCAUCAUAAAUUUUUAAUAAAUACAACUUUUCAAAUUUAGGUUCUCGGUGUUUCCUACUACAGCUCGGCAGAAACGACCUGCCAACAGUUGACCGCCAGAAACUCGCACCUCGCUUCAAUUCAUUCUGCUAAAAGCCACUUUCGUUGCAGGUCCACUUCCAACAUAAAUCAUAAAAUUACGAAUGAAUUUCUAGACUUGGUUCGCUUCAACACUACAGUGGAUUAGGCUUCCACGGAAAUGCACAAGAUAAUGCCAUCAUCGGCCUUUAUAAUGGUGCUUGGGCUGAUCAUACUGAAUAUUCGGACAAUGAAAUGCGCCCGAUUUACGCCCCUGGCGGUCAAAGCGGCGGACUUUAUGGCCAGGUGAACAAAAAUCAACUAGAACCAUUAAAAAAUAUUCAACUUUCAGAUUAUCACCUUCGAUCCACCUGGCUACUACAGCUACGUUCAAACUUACGACUGUCAGAACAAUGCUUGUCGCAACGCUGUUUGCAAAUACUUCUUAUGA